AUGCCCGAGAGGGAGCUGUGGCCAGAGGGGCCUGGCUCGGAACCCGUGACCCGCAUCGGCAGCUGGGACAGCAUGACGAGCGCCACCUCCACCCGCUCUGGAUCUACUGACAGCUACGACUUCCUGUCCGCUGAAGAGAAGGAGUGUUUGCUCUUCCUGGAGGAGACCAUUGGUUCAUUGGACACUGAGGCCGACAGCGGACUGUCCACGGAGGAGUCUGAGCAAGCCACAACUCCCCAAAGUCCCCGAGCACUGCCCCUGCUCCAGCCUGCUCCCCAGGGACAUCCGGAGGAGACCGCUGCUCAGCAAAGACUAGAGCCAAGGAGAGCAACCCAGUACAGCUUCCCCCCUCUGCCUGAACCCCAAGACCUGGGCUUCAGAUCCGGCUCCUACAGCCUCCCCCGCAAUAUCCACAUCGCCAGGAACCAGCACCUCAGGAAAAGCACCGCCCAGACGAAUAGCCAGUUGCCAGGGGAACCCACGAGGGUCAUCCCAGACCCUACAGAAGAGCAGCUCAGCCAGAGCAGGGAGCCCAGCCAGGUUCCAGUCCAGAGGGUCAUCCCAGACCCAAAGGAAGAGCAGCUCAGCCAGAACAGGGAGCCCAGCCAGACUCCCGUGGGGCUCCAGGAGGCCACCCUUGAUUUAGACACAACUCUCAUCCCCCCACCAGAGGCUUUCCGGGACUCCCAGCCCGAGCAGCGUGGGGAAGACAGCCUGCCCACAGGGCCAGCGGAGAAGACCCCCGCGCCCCAGCUCCUCACGUCACUCAGCCCCCCGAAGAGAAAGGAGACUUCUUCAGAGGCCAUGUCCCAAAACGCCAAUGAGAAAGGCUCCACAGGGGCACCAGGACAACCUCGGCCUCUUCCUGCCAUGUCGUCUCAGAACGGCAGAGCUACAGAUGCUUCUGUCCCACCUGGGCGGGAUCCAAAUGCCCAAGUGGCUCCCCUCACAGGGCCUAAGCCCCGGAAGCUCCCCCCUAACAUUGUUCUCAAGAGCAGCCGAAGCAGUUUCCACAGUGAACCCCAGCACUGGCUGUCCCGCCACUCUGAGGCCGCCCCAGGCGAUUCUGGCCUGGUCUCUUCUUCACUGCAGGAGCAGAGGAAAGCACAAGCACGCAAGGAGGCUCUAGCAAAGCUGGGGCUGCCCCAGGACCAAGAGAAGCCCAGCCCCCAGUUAAGUAAGCCCACCAGCUCCUUCAGGCACAAGGGGACUGGCGCUCAGGCCCCUUCCCCUGCCCCAGUUCCAGCUCAGCCUGCACCUCAGGUCUCAGCAGCUGUGCCUGCUGCAGGGAAGGCUUUUGCUCCUGCUCCAACCCGGGGACUUUCUCCAAUGAAAGCCCUGGCUCCCGCUCCAGCUCAGGGGUCUACUCCAGGCAAGGUUUUCCUUCCUGCCCAGGAACCCAAUCCAGAGAAGGUUCCAGCUGCCAAGUCCAUGCCAAUUCCCAUCUCUAAGGCCCCCAGGAUUGGUAGUCCCUUGACUCUGCAGGAGAGCAGCAUCCCUGGGUUGAGACAGAUGAACUUCAAGUCCAACACUCUGGAGCGGUCAGGGGUGGGGCUGAGCAGCUACCUCUCGACUGAGAAAGACCCCAGCUCCAAGACUAGCACCUCUCUGGGAAAAGACCCCUUCUUGAACAAAAUCUCACCCAGUGACUUGCGUAAUUCCCGACCCCGCCCUGCCUCGUUGGGCACUGGAAGGGACUUUGCAGGGUUUCAGGUGAGCAAGCUGGCUGACCACGAGCAGAGCGCCAAGCGCUUGUCUUACCAAGGACAGAGCCGUGACAAGCUACCUCGGCCCUCUUGUGUCAGUGUCAAGAUUUCCCCCAAAGGCGUCCCUGAUGAGCACAGAAGGGAGGCUCUGAAGAAGCUGGGGCUGUGGAAGGAGUAA